UUUCUGUCUUUCAGAGAAAGCAACAAAUCUCAAUAUGCCUGAGCCAGCGAAAUCUGCUCCAGCUCCUAAGAAAGGGUCCAAGAAAGCUGUCACUAAGACUCAGAAGAAGGGCGAUAAGAAGCGUAGAAAGACUAGGAAGGAAAGUUAUUCUAUCUACGUGUAUAAAGUGCUGAAACAAGUUCACCCAGACACUGGUAUUUCUUCUAAGGCCAUGGGCAUCAUGAACUCCUUUGUGAACGACAUCUUCGAGCGUAUCGCAGGGGAGGCGUCUCGUCUGGCGCAUUACAACAAGCGCUCGACUAUCACUUCCCGGGAGAUUCAGACCGCUGUAAGACUGCUGCUGCCGGGCGAGUUAGCCAAACACGCGGUGUCUGAGGGCACUAAGGCUGUUACCAAGUACACCAGCUCUAAGUAGAUUCUAUCAAAGAACAUAAAACCCAAAGGCUCUUUUAAGAGCCACCCACGUUUUCAAUAACAGAGCUCAAAACACUGCUUUGUUUUCCCUGACUGGGGUAAGUGUG